AUGGAACCGAAAUCGAGUUUAGAAAAAAUCAAAUUUACCACUCCCGAUACACCUUCUACGUCUCCAUCGGAUCUCGAUCAACAACUUUUAGAAUCGCUUGGUUAUCGACAGGAGUUCAGACGAGAGUUUGGACUUUGGACUACUUUUGGUGUCAGUUUCACUGUUUUGGGUUUACUACCUAGCUUUGCUGCUACCAUGAGUGUUGGACUCGCUUAUGGAGGAACGGCAGGUAUGGUAUGGGGAUGGCUAAUUGCAAUGGUACCUAUCCAGUGUGUAGCUAUGAGUAUGGCAGAACUUUGCUCAUCAAUGCCAACCAGUGGAGGAUUAUAUUAUGCAACAAUGGUCUUAGCACCAAAAGAUUAUGGACCGUUAGCUGCUUGGUUAACAGGAUGGUCGAAUUGGGUUUCACAAGUCACCAAUUCACCUUCCAUCAAUUAUUCUUUAGCUUCAAUGAUCUUUUCAAUUAUUUCAAUCUGUAAACCAACCUUUGAGUCAACACCUUGGCAAAUCUUCUUACUUACUUGUUUAUUAACUUUUCUUCAGACUUUGAUAUCUGCUUUACCAACUCGAACUGUGGCUCAAUUCAAUACUUAUGGUUCGAUGUUCAAUGUUGCUGCUCUUGUGAUUGCUUUGAUCAUCAUUCUAGCCAAAGCUGAUCGAAAGGACAUCAACACUGGAGUCUCAUUACCUCGGUUCGCUUCAACAAAAAAAGUAUGGGGUGAAAUUCAUAAUGGUACUGAAUUUCCUGAUGGUAUUGCUAUCAUGAUGUCAUUCGUGAGCGUGAUUUGGACGAUGUCUGGUUACGAUUCUGCUAUGCACGUAUCAGAAGAAUGCUCAAAUGCGGAUAUAGCUUCUCCGCGUGCUAUUGUUAUGACGUCUGCUGUUGGUGCGAGCGUUGGAUGGAUCCUUCAAGUAAUCGUUGCUUAUACAAUUGUGGAUAUCGACGGAGUUUUCGGUUCAUCACUUGAUCAACCUUGGGCUUCUUAUCUUUUACAAAUCUUACCUCAAAAUCUCACCAUCUUAAUCUUAAUCCUAACAAGUAUUUGUGGUUUUUCGAUGGGUCAAGGUGGAAUGGUUGCUGCGUCAAGAGUUACUUAUGCUUAUGCUCGUGAUGAUUGUUUUGGAACUUGGCUUUCACCUUGGGUUAGACAAGUCAACAAAAAAACUUCAACUCCUGUCAAUGCAAUCUGGUUUAAUGCAUUUGUUGGAAUCUUAUUAGCAGUGUUAAUCUUAGCUGGUGAUACUGCAAUUUCUGCUGUUUUUUCUAUUGGUGCAAUCGCCUCUUUUGUUGGUUUCGCUAUUCCAAUCGCAUUGCGUGUUUGGUUUAUUCCUCCACAUACUUUCAAACGUGGUCGUUGGCAUUUAGGUAAAUGGAGUAGACCUAUUGGUUCUUUUGGUGUUAUAUUUGUGAUUGUUAUGAUUCCUAUCAUGUGUCUGCCUGCUCAACGUGGAAAAGAUCUCACACCAGCCUUGAUGAAUUGGACGGCCGUUGUUUAUGGCGGCUGGAUGAUCUUGAUUCUUAUCUGGUGGAUCCUGAGUGCACGUCAUUGGUUUCGUGGUCCAAAGUUGAAUGUUGAACAUAGUCAAUCAACUGUAAGCAAGUGUCAUGAUUAA